AUUAACUUUUGAUCCAGUUUAACGGUGAACGAGCGCGUUUUAAAUCAAUUCCAUGGUAAUAUCCGUUAUUUUCAAUUUUGUGACGUUUAGAGAGCACUUCUUUUAGUUAUACCUUUUUCAUUAGAAAUAUUAUACUUAUAACAUGUCUACUAUACUGUUUACACAUAGUUCAUGAAAGGUUUUCCACUUGUUCUAAUUUUUAUUUAGAAUGUUAAAAUUACUAACUUUACGUCCAGUUUUGCUGAUGGUCUAGCAUUUUGUGCUAUUAUUCAUCAUUAUUAUCCCGAGUCGUUUGAUUAUCAAACAUUGAGACGAGAUGAACGUAAAAUAAAUUUUGAUCUGGCAUUUCGCAUUGCUGAAGAACAAGCUCAAAUUCAUCCAUUACUUGAAACGGAAGACAUGUUAAAAAUGGGAAAUGAACCAGAUAAGAAAUGUUGGUGGGUUUGUAUUGUUGAAAUGUCACUGAAAAUAUUUGAUUUUGUACAAAAACAUUUUCUGUCAUCCCAUAUUGUUAAACCGAAGAAUAAAAUUUUAUUAAUUUCAUCGUUAAGAAAAGGUAGUGGUAAUACCGCGACAGCGAAUCGUUUAUCACAUAAUCUUCGAGCAUAUUUUGAUAUCGAUUGUAUCGACGCCAAUAUGCCAAAUAACGAAUGUGAGUCAUUUUGCCAAUUAAUUUCUAAAUAUUCGGCUAUCAUCGCAUUACAUGCCUAUCGUGCUGGACAUUUAUUGACAAAAUUAUAUGACAAUGCUUCAUUAAUAUUACCACCUUUAAUCAUUAUAUUUGGCGGUACUGAUUUACAUUCACCCGAAGAAAAAUGGCAAGAAAUUAUUGAUAAUAUUGUUCAAAAAGCAAAUAAACUUGUGUGUUUUAAUAAUGAGUGGAAAAAUAUUAUCGAGUCAAAGUGGAAAAAUAAUUUAAAAUGUAAAGUAACUGUUAUACCACAAGCGGUUGAAAUAUUAAAUGAUUACAGUUAUAUUUCACCAUUCGAAGGAGUACUGGAAGACAGUGGUAAUAAAAAGUUUAUUUUAUGGUGUGGUGAAAUUCGAAAAGUUAAAGAUCCAUUAUUUGCACUUCGCUUGUUUUCUAUGUUAUCGGACAACAAAUUUCAUUUAUUAAUCGUUGGCUACAAAACAGAUUCGGUGUUAGAAAAUGAAUUUGAAAAUGAGAUUGAAAAACAAUCGACGAGAAUCACGUAUUUGAGCGGUCUAUCACAAAUAUCUGUUCAAAUAUUAAUGAGAACAAAAUGUUGGGCAUUCAUCAAUACGUCAGUAAAUGAAGGGAUGUGUUUAGCAAUGUUAGAAUGUAUGCGCUUAAAUGUGCCGGUGAUUGUAAGACGAAAUACGGGCAAUUGUAGUGUUAUAAAACAUGGAAAAAAUGGUUUAAUAUAUGAAACUGAGCAAGAAGCUGUUGAUCAAAUUCUGUUACUCGAAAACGAUAGAAUACGAGAAAAUUUGAUUGUAACAGCAUUGAAUUAUGUUACACGUACGCACAGUAUUAGCGGUGAAACAAAAGCUUAUAAAGAGUUAUUAAAUAAUUUAAUCAAAGAAAAAACAUAA